CGUGUGUUGAGCGCACACAAACGGACAUUCCUUUAAAUUCAAGUUCUCUUUCAAAAGCCUCAUACGAGGCUAUCAAAGAGGACGAUAUACCCACGUUCCUAUUCCUCCAUCCUUCACGUGAUAGUAUUUCGCUUAACAGUUAUUUUGCUUUUGUAUAAGCAAGAAACAGUGAAAGUUAUUGAUUCAUAUUGUGAACUACGUUUCAGUGAUAUUUCGUGCUCCUUUUUCCGCGGGGAAUAAUAAUUGUAGGAAAUUAUUAAAAAAAAGAUAGACAAAAUGAAAGUGGGACUGUUGAAAACUUUCUUACAUUAUUUCAACCUGCAACAGGGUACAGUGUUGAUAGCUGUAUUUCAAUUGUUUACAUCCGGGUUUAGUAUGAUAUUUUUCGUGCUAGCAUUAGCACAUGCGAUGGGAAUUCAAGAAAUGGUGGUAAGAGAUACAGAAGACGCUCUCGAAAGGGAAGCCUUAGAAGAUAUAUCGUCUAAUCAUUUAAAUACCAGAAAAAUGGAUAUGGCACAUCAUAAUGCAACUGAAACAGUUUAUUCGAUGUAUUGUGGAUUAGUGAUCACAGUGAUACAUUUUAUUUCCACUAUUCUACUUUUGUAUGGUGCACUCACGAAUAAUCGUCAUUUUAUGACACCCUGGAUGAUGAUCAUGAUGACAAUAAUAUCAGCUUUGACAAUUUCUUUGUUCUUGGUACAACAAGAUUGUCCGUUUAUUGCUACCCUCGGUGGCAAAGCUGAUAUUUGUGAACGUAUAAUUGUUCUCUUUCUCGUAAUCACUAGUUCUUACGUAUGGUUCGUCGUCUAUAGUAGUUACAAAAGUCUCGAGACGAAAAAGGGAUUGACUCACGUUCUUCACGAUGUGAAGAAAAAUCCCGUAAUUCCAGUCGUGCAAAAAUCGAAAGCCAUUCAGGCAAACGCGAACAAACCGUUCGAAGUUUAAAAAUACUAUG